AUGAAGUCAUAUGGUGCAGCAGCGUAUAUAGUGAAAGGGAGACAAUCUAGUCUGGUAAUGGCGAAAAACAGAGUUACACCGUUGAAAUCGAUUACCUUGCCGAAGCUCGAACUUAUGGCCGCCGUGGUGGGUGCAAGAUUAGACAGACAUCUUCAAACUCCUCUUAACUGUAAGGACGUGUUCAUGUGGUCGGAUAGCCAGAUUGUAUUACACUGGUUACAAGCAAACAGGUCCAAGCCGUUACAAAGAUUCGUGCAGAACCGCAUCAAUGAAAUAUAUGAACUGUCCGGAUGUUUCCGGUGGAGCUACUGUCCUACGCAACAGAACCCUACUGAUUUACUACUCACACGUGGAAUUACAGCGAAACAGCACAAGGAAAACAAUUUAUGGUGGCACGGACCUACCUGGAUAACUGAUAAAACCCAGUGGCCGAAAAGGAGCUUAAACCUUGAACAUCCCACACCUGCAUUAGUGACUGCGACCGACAACCAGGAAAUACUACGGGAACAAGUAAGCAGUAGUACAGGAUGUGAGACCGGAAUACACAAAAUUAUCGACAUUCAGAGAUAUAGCUACUACAAAAAGUUGCUACGAGUAACUGCAUACGUUUUGAGUUUCGUCCAGAGAUGCAGAAAACCAGCAGUACGAGUACAACGUUGCCACAGGAGUCUGGGGAUUGACGAGAUCCAGAGCGCCGAACGCCUGUGGUUACAGCAUUGCCAGCAAGCAUCAUAUUCCAUUGAGAUCAACAACCUCAGAACUGGCACCAGCAGACGACUCACGUUAGUAAGGCAGCUACGACUCUUUUUAGACGCAGAUGAGAUUUUGAGGUGUGGUGGACGUAUUUAUAAUGCGCCGCUUAGCGAGAUGACAAAAUUUCCAGUUUUGUUACCAGCCAAACAUCCUUUGACUAUAGUUAUAGUGUUAGAUGCUAACCGUGAAAUACAGCAUUCUGGUGUCAGUGCGACAAUUACUUUAAUACGGCAAAGAUACUGGAUACCAACGAUUAGGCAGUGCGUGAAGUCCGUUAUUCGGAGAUGCGUGACCUGCAGAAAAGUUCAAGGCAAGCCGUUUUCUGCUCCAGACCCGCCACCGUUGAUGAAGUAUAGAGUACACGAUUCCGCAUCAUUUUCUGUGACAGAAGUUGACUAUACAGGAGCUUUGUAUGUGAAGAACGCCACAGGAUGUGAAAGCAAAGCCUACAUAUGCUUGUUCACAUGCGCAAGCACACGUGCGGUACAUUUAGAGGUUGUGCCUGAUUUGACAGGAGAUGCAUUCAUUCAAGCGUUCCGAAGAUUCGUGAGCCGUAAGUCCUUGCCAUAUCUUAUGGUGUCUGAUAAUGCUACCACUUUUUUAUCAGCAUCUACCCAUCUACAACAACUCUCCACGAUGAUCCAAGAUGAACUUUUAAGCAGAGGAACGAUAUGGGAAUUCAUCCCCGAAAGAGCGCCGUGGUUUGGAGGCUUCUGGGAACGGUUGAUAGGCCUCACAAAAUCUGCCUUAAAGAAAGUACUUGGGCGUUCUUACAUCACAUUUGAAAUGCUGCAGACGAUCGUUACUGAAAUCGAGGCAACACUUAACGAUAGACCCCUUACAUACGUAGGUUCAGAGUUCGGGUUGGCGGAGGUUAUUACACCUGCGCAUCUAUUAUACGGAAGACGAGUAACGACUCUACCCUAUCAUGAUAUUACUAGCAGUAACCUGGAGAUGACCAGUACCACCCAAAUAGACAUUCGAAAACGUGCAAAGGUGCAGCAGACGAUUAUUGACCACUUCCGGGAUCGUUGGAGGAAUGAAUACCUUACAGCAUUACGAGAACAUCACACUACCAGCGGAAGUAACAAACAGUACAUUUCAUUCGGCAGUGUGGUUCAGGUCCAUGACGGUACACCGCGUAGUACCUGGAGACUAGCUGUUGUUGAGGAAGUUGUCAAGGGCAAAGAUGGACUCAUUAGAUCAGCAAAAAUUCGUGUUGGAAACAAACUGUCUAACAGACCUAUCACAAAACUGUAUCCGUUAGAAGUGAAUUAA